AUGAGCAAGUCAAAUAAUUCCCAAGAUCAAAAAGCUGACUCGAAGGCGACCAACAGCGGGAAUUUGGCCGAGGUGGCGGAUACGACACGGCGGCCAUCGUCGAGCUCGACCAAGCCCACUAGGAUAUGCGUCAAACGGUCACCGGCAUUAGCGUUCAGCUCGGUGACGGACGAUCGGUGGCUUGCGGACGUGUUCCAGUGCGACCCGCCCAGCUGUGUGCCGAACGGUUGCAUAAAACCGGAACAACAUUACGCGUGCGACAGGCAGGCGGCCAAGGCGUUGGCGCAAUACAUGUCACCCGAGGACCGCAGGAAGGUGAUGAUGUGGCUGGGAACGCUGGAAACAAUGACGUCGGACGAAGACGAGCUGUCCGAGCGGUCCAUGUACCUGACGUGCCUGGUGAUGUUGCUAAGCACCGGGCAGCUGGUGCCACCGUUCACAAGGUCACCACCCGCGCAGCCACUCAAACCACUCCGAGACGCUAUCGACAAGCGCCUGUUCAAAAAGGUCCAGAGCGAGUGCCGGCGGCGCAGGAUAUACGACUGGACCCGGUACGAACAACCGGACCGUAACGUAGCGCAAAGGCCACCAGACUUUUUUGACCACAUGCCCGCGCCCAACAACGGCAUUUUAUGUUAUGGCGCCACGUUCAGUACAAUGUAG